UACAGGCAGCACAGCACCCGCCGCACCCCUAGAACCGAUCGGUGAAGAACCUCCAGAAGAGUAUAAAGGAACGCGAAAGUUCACCGCUACAUUUGGACAUUUGGCAUUAUACAAAGGACCUGAAGAUGAUGGACAGCCAGCUUCUUUCAUCUCUGGCUAUACUACUCCUGGACCAAAGGAAAGAGCUACAAGUAAUCAUAAGAAGGUUGGUAAAGACAGUAUGUGA